AAAACAAAAAGUAUACAUCCGAGAAAGAAGCACGCACACAGUGAGAGUUCAAGCAAAGCAAGAUUCCAGAAACCAUGUCGGCGAGAACCCACAUCUUAGUCUUUCCCUACCCUGCGCAAGGGCACAUGCUCCCUCUCCUCGACCUUACUCACCAGCUCCUCCUCCGCGGUAUCACCGUAACCGUCUUGGUCACCCCCAAAAACCUCCCUGCCCUAACUCCGCUCCUCUCAGCCAACCCCUCCCCCUCCCCCUUCGUCCAAACCCUAGUCCUCCCAUUCCCUCCUCACCCCAAAAUACCACCCGGUCUUGAGAACGUCAAGGAUAUUGGCCCCCGCGGCAAUCUCGCCGUUAUCGACGCCCUCACCAACCUCCACGACCCCAUCGUCCACUGGUUCAACUCCCACCCCAACCCCCCUACCGCCAUCAUCUCCGACUUCUUCCUCGGCUGGACCUUGCCCCUGGCCCGCCAGCUAGGUAUCCGCAGAAUCACCUUCUACUCUUCCGGUGCUUUCUUGGCAUCUAUUGCAGAUCACUGCUGGCGUAAUUUAGAUAUCAUCAAGUCAUCUCUAGCUGAAUUUCCCGAUGUUCCUCGAUCACCCUCGUUCAAAGCAGAGCAUUUGCCUUCCCUGCCCCGCCGCUACAGAGAAUCGGAGCCCGAGUCAGAGCGUAUGAGGAAUGCCAUGCUUGCCAAUACCGAAAGUUGGGGAUGCAUUUUCAAUAGCUUUCAUGAGUUGGAAGGAGAGUAUUUGCAACACUUGAAGACAAAAAUGGGCCACCCCCGUGUUUACGGAGUUGGCCCAUUGAGCCUACUUGCUUCCGCCGCUAAUGGUGGAAACUUGGAACGGGCCAACCCGAACACAGACACGAGGAAAGAUAACGUGCUCGCAUGGCUUGAUGGGUGCCCGGAGGGGUCUGUGCUGUAUGUUUGCUUUGGAAGUCAGACGUUGCUAAAUAAGCAGCAGAUGGAGGCCUUGGCUUCUGGGCUGGAACAGAGUGGAGCUCGGUUUGUGUGGGUUGUGAAAACGAGCUUGGCCGGGAAGGUGAAUGAUGGGUCCGGAGUCGUACCAGAUGGGUUUGAGGAAAGGGUUGCUGGGAGGGGAUUGCUGAUAAAGGGCUGGGCGCCGCAGGUGAUGAUCCUCGGCCACCGGGCGGUUGGAGGGUUUCUCAGCCACUGUGGGUGGAACUCUGUGCUGGAAGGGAUUGUGGGUGGGGUUUUGAUAUUGAGCUGGCCUAUGAAUGCUGACCAGUUUGUAAAUGCCAAGCUAUUGGUUGAGUACAUGGGCGUGGGCGUGAAGGUGUGUGAGGGUGCCGAUGGGGUACCUGACUCGGCCGAGUUGGGAAAGGCGAUUGCUGAGUCAAUAAGUGGGGAAUCACCGGAGAAGGUGAGAGCGAAGGAGCUGAGGGACAAGGCAGUUGCGGCUGUGGGAGAUGGUGGGAGCUCUUCAAAGGAUUUGGACGAGCUUGUGAAAGAGUUGGGUCAAAUUAAAGUGAGGUGAACAGACUAGCCCAUGAAAGAUCGAUUUUGGAGUGUCAAUAGCAGCUCCGUAAAACAAAUAGGAAUCGGGGAAUAAAGCAAUGGUUAUUUUCUAUUACCGUUUUAUAGAUUUCGUAUAAAAGUCCAGGGGAAUGUUCAACUUUUCCAGAAAUAAAUAUUAUUCGGAUCACACUGAAUGAAUUGAAUGGUAUAUUGUUCUUGCCUGUGAGGCAGGAGAGCAUGAUGAUAAAUUUA